CAUCGAGCCGGCCCUGACAAUUCAGAAGCGGUAGGGAAGUCCAAAGAAAGAAAGAAAGAGGUAUCAUCAUGGACACCCCACUUCUGAUAGACACCGUAGAUGGCGUCGUAGACCACAAAGGCCGCCCAGUCCUCCGAUCCAACACAGGCGGCUGGAGGUCCGCAUAUUUCAUCAUAGGUGUGGAAGUGGCUGAGAGGUUCGCGUACUAUGGGAUAAGCUCGAACCUGAUAACGUAUUUGACUGGACCGCUGGGUCAGUCAACGGCCACUGCGGCGGAGAACGUGAACAUGUGGGCCGGCACUGCCACGUUGCUUCCUCUUUUGGGUGCUCUCGUGGCUGAUUCUUUUCUGGGUCGCUACCGCACCAUUGUCAUUGCUUCUCUUAUCUACAUCCUCGGACUAGGCUUGUUGACUCUGUCGGCUAUGCUUCCUUCUCUACGCAGCACUUAUGAUUACAUAGACACCGACAAUAUCAUGUUACAUUCUACUCGUCAGCUCCAAGUAAUCUUAUUAUUCUUUUCUCUAUAUCUAGUCGCAGUUGGUCAAGGUGGACACAAGCCUUGUGUUCAGGCUUUUGGAGCUGAUCAGUUUGAUGGACUGGAUCCUGAGGAGUGCAAAUCCAAAAGCUCAUUCUUCAACUGGUGGUAUUUUGGUGUAUGUGGGGGUGGUGCUGUAACAAUUUUGGUCUUGUGCUAUAUACAAGAAAACCUUAGUUGGGGUCUGGGAUUUGGAAUCCCUUGUAUUCUGAUGGUUGUUGCAUUGGGUGUUUUCCUGCUUGGUACCAGGACUUAUCGAUAUAGUGUUAAAGGGGAUGAGAAAAGCCCAUUUCUGAGGAUUGGUCAAGUGUUUGUUGCUGCAGUUAAAAAUUGGCGGACUGCCCCUUUGGAAAUAACUAUUGAAGAGAAAGCUCAUGCAACCCUGCCACACCAUAGCUCUGAACAGUUCAAGUUUCUCAACAAAGCCUUGCUGUCCCCAGAUGAUUUGAAUGAAGAAGGCAAGGUCUGUGCUGUCAGUGAGGUUGAAGAGGCAAAGGCUGUUCUUAGGCUUGUUCCAAUAUGGGUUACAAGCUUGGGAUAUGCUGUUGUGUAUGCUCAGAUCUCAACUUUUUUUACCAAGCAAGGCGCUACCAUGGACAGAACAAUUUUUUCAGGCUUUGAGAUACCGGCUGCUUCACUACAGUCCUUUGUUGGCCUGUCCAUUAUUCUCGUCAUUCCCAUAUAUGAUUGCAUCUUUGUUCCUAUAGCAAGAGCUUUUACUAGAAAGCCCUCAGGCAUCACGAUGUUGCAGAGAAUUGGAACUGGGAUGCUUUUCUCUGCCUUGUGCAUGAUAGUUGCAGCUCUAGUUGAAAUGAAAAGGCUGAAAACUGCUGAAGAGUAUAAGCUGGUUGAUAUGCCAGGAGUGACUAUUCCAAUGAGUGUUUGGUGGCUGCUUCCUCAAUAUAUCCUGUCAGGAAUUGCUGAUGUUUUCUCCAUGGUUGGUCUUCAAGAAUUCUUCUAUGAUCAGGUCCCAAUUGAAUUAAGGAGUGUAGGUCUUGCCCUCUACCUUAGUAUUUUUGGUGUGGGGAGCUUUAUAAGCAGCUUUCUUGUCUCUGUCAUUGAGGAAGUUACUGGCAGGGAUGGCAAAGAUAGUUGGUUUGCUGAUAAUCUUAAUCGUGCACAUCUUGAUUACUUUUAUUGGCUACUUGCAGGACUCAGUGCAGUAAUAUUGGCUGCAUAUGUAUAUUUUGCAAAAUCUUACAUUUAUAAUAGGCAAAGAACAACAUAGCCGUACAGUCAUCUUACGUUCACUUCAAUUUGUCGUAAGUUGUAAGCAAAUAUGGGAGGGCUAAUACAUAAAAGUGAAGUGUGCUCUCAUAAUGUUGCAGUAUAAUCAUUAUACAUGGUAAGCAGCAUAUGGGAUGCGAGGUUUGUCUAGACUAGUGGCCAGCCAAGUAUAUCUAUUUGCAAUAUUUUAUUCUUUUUCUAAACGUAUUUGUAUAUAUACUGCAUAAUCUUCUAUAUCUAUAUAUAUCUAAAAGCUGAAGUGUA